AUGAAACUGAUCCGCUUAUCUCUUCACAAGUCGAGUCGUGGAGCAGUGGCACAAAGCGCCGCAGCUGUCUGCUGCUUGCUGGGAAGUGGGCUCAAACAGUGCAGAUUUCAGGAAAACCAGAAAAUUCAGCACACCUCAAUUUCAUUCAAUGUUUUCUAUUUCUCUAUCAACUGUGUGCUUCAGAAUCUAAUACAAUGUUAUUAUUUAGUGAAGCGUGAUUACGACUUUGUACGAUUCGGACGACCAGAUCUGAAGAAGAAAGCCUCCUACGACUAUAUACGUUUUGGCAAGCGCAGAUCGGAUGUGAUGACGACAUGA